CGGGACUUUAAGCUUCCAUAGAACUCAUUUUCCCAGUGACCCUUGCGAGCUUUACGUUGUCGUGCGUCAACUCCCCAGUCCCCCCACCAUCACCGUUCUACAGAGGAAGAAAGGGGGAGACGGGCAACCUAUACAGAACGCUUUCACACAAAUAUGAGCGGCAGCGGGCGGGCCAGGACCAGCUCAUUCGCUGAGCCUCCCGGAGCUCCCGGAUCCGCUGCAGCCGGUGCCGGAUCAGCAGUAGCCGGUGGAAGCUCGACAGGAAAAACUGGGGCUUCACAAGCCAGUGGAAGCAGCUCGACGAGCUUUGGGAAUUUGAAACUGCCUAGAGACAGUGGCAAAGUGACGACGGUGGUAGCCACACCCGGGCAGGGCCCUGAUCGCCCGCAGGAAGUGUCUUACACAGACAUAAAAGUUAUAGGAAAUGGCUCCUUUGGAGUGGUCUACCAGGCUCGCCUCAUUGACAGCCAGGAGAUGGUGGCAAUUAAGAAAGUUCUCCAAGACAAGAGGUUUAAGAAUAGGGAGCUGCAAAUUAUGAGGAAAUUGGACCACUGCAACAUUGUGAGGCUACGUUACUUCUUCUACUCCAGCGGAGAGAAGAAAGAUGAGGUGUAUUUGAAUCUGGUGCUGGACUUCGUUCCUGAGACGGUGUAUAGGGUGGCUCGGCACUUCAACAAAGCCAAGACCACCAUCCCCAUCAUCUAUGUUAAGGUGUACAUGUACCAGCUGUUCCGCAGUCUGGCUUAUAUCCAUUCCCAGGGCGUGUGUCACAGAGACAUCAAGCCCCAGAACCUACUGGUGGACCCAGAGACGGCCAUCCUCAAACUCUGUGACUUUGGCAGUGCAAAGCAGCUAGUCCGGGGGGAGCCGAAUGUGUCCUAUAUCUGCUCACGGUACUAUCGUGCCCCAGAGCUCAUCUUUGGUGCCACCGACUACACGUCCAACAUUGACAUCUGGUCAGCCGGCUGUGUGCUGGCUGAGCUGCUGCUGGGCCAGCCCAUCUUCCCUGGGGACAGCGGUGUGGACCAGCUAGUAGAGAUCAUCAAGGUUCUUGGGACACCAACAAGGGAGCAGAUCCGUGAGAUGAACCCUAACUACACAGAGUUCAAAUUCCCACAGAUCAAAGCACACCCUUGGACAAAGGUGUUUAAGCCUCGUACCCCACCAGAGGCCAUCGCCCUCUGCUCUCGACUGCUGGAAUACACGCCGGUGACCAGGCUGUCUCCCCUGGAGGCGUGCGCACACGCAUUCUUCGAUGAGCUGCGCCAGCCCAACACCCGCCUACCCAGUGGGCGAGAACUGCCGCUUCUCUUCAACUUCAGUCCCGUUGAGCUGUCUAUCCAGCCCCAGUUGAACUCCACACUCAUUCCUCCUCACGCUCGUGCACAGACAUCACCUGCCUCACAUGAGGGCAGUGUGUCAGACAGUUCCGCCCAGCCCAGCUCAGCACCUGGAUCCAUCAACAACAGCACCUGAGCAUCCAUCCCUUUGUCAUCCUUUCGUUUUGUCUUCCCCCAUUUUUCCUUUUCUUUCCUCUGCUCUUCCCCCUCUCAACCUCCCUCCGGGCUCCAAACUCCCCCAAGAUAGAAAAGAACUAUACACAUUCACAUAAACACUCUCUGAAUUUUUCCAAUAGAAAGCAAUUUCUGUGGCUGCUAGCUUCAGGAAGAUGUUGUUUUAAGGACAAAUUGGUAGCCAUGCUUGGUCUUAAUAUAAGCUGCAGUUCUAUGCCUGUGCUGGCUGUUCUCUGGCCUGUAAGAAUACACGAACCUCACAUUGGUUGGGUUGGAUGUUUGGGAGAUGAGAUGGGAGGUUGAACAUGUUCUAUGGAUUUUCUGUGUUAUUAUCUAAAGUUGACUUUUAUCCCUUUUUUAUGUUCAUUUUAUUUGCAAUAGCUAAUUUUAUGUGUGGCAGUGGUGCCGUUGAAUGUGGUCCUGAUUGGCUAUGGAGUUGAGAGUUGGGGCUGCGUGUUGAGGCCUGACUAAUUUUGACAAUCAUCCUUAGUAGGGUUAAAAAUGUCACACUCGUAACGUACGAGCCACUGUGUAGACAUGUGGCUUUUCUGUCACGUUCUACCCUGAACUCUACUCAAGUAUUGCCACUUCACCCAGACCAAGGGUGAAGAGUUUUUAAAAUCGCCAGACAGAACUUUUUGACUGUUUUUGUCAUUUUAGAUGAGAGGUGGUUUUAAAUUUUAUCAUAAAUGGGGGCACCGCAAUCUAUCUUCACUUUUUCUUUUUGUCCAUAAGCUCCUCAGCUGCCUUUUAUGUGAACGAGUGGGAGCUUAAUGCGAGUGGAGUGCACAUGUUCAGUUUCUUCAGUAUAAGCUCAUGUUUUCUUUGGUUAAGCUGGAAACCAAGCGUUUCAUGUUGAUUGCACAUCUUCAAAGGGAGAAGAGGGGAAACAAAGGGGCCAGUUAUGAGUACUGUCCAGCUGUUAACAUAACUUCACUCAGAGGGAGCCGUCGGUGAGGGGCUCCAGUUGCAUCUAAUACAGAAGCCUCAAGGUCUCUCAUGUCAUACACCCAGUUGCCUAGCACUGUAGGGUGAAUAGUCACCUCAUUAAUUAUGUGGCUUUAUGGUAUCAAGUUUCAUAUUAACUUGAUUAUGUUGAAGAAUGCAGAGAAAGACUACUGGCUGCUUUCGCUGCUCACCUGGCUCGUCAUUGUUUUUUCAGCUAGUAUUCACAGUUAUUGUUGUGCAAGGGGAGGACUCCGAACGCAUUAAGUUAGAGAGAGAUUAGUUGAAACCCUCAUCGCACCUUCCUAGAAAGCCUGCCUGUGAUGCUCAUAUCAUGUUCUUCUUGUCCUGCGAUGGAGGCAGGAACUGAUCUUGAAUGACUUACGCAGCCUAACAGUCUAGUUUUCUUUUCUCCCACAAAGCAAGUGUGCAUGUUCAGCCUGAGUUGGCCACACUAUAUUACUUCCACUAAUCUUGGUUACAAUCUGACCUGAAACAAUGCUCAAACCCCUGAAACCCAACAGCUUUUUGGAGCCUCCCCUUUCCAUUCCUUUCUGUCCUCAUCCCUCUGCCUACUGCUUCCCUCUGUCCUCCUCCUUUUUUCACUGCUAAACUGUAAAUAUCAAGUACCUUUUAUUUUAUUUUGUUAUUUUUUGUUAUUAUUGUUAUUAUAUUGUUGUUAUUGUAAUUUUUUUUUCUCUAGUAGACCGGUGCAGCAGCAGCGGCCGGACUGUUUAUCCUCAGUCGCAGUCUGUAAAUAAAAUUUCAUUUCAGUCCCUGGUUCAGGAGGGGAAAAACAGAACAAAAUGUUUCAUUUUUAAUUCUCUCUCCCUCAAUUUCUCUCUUCACGACUUUCCCUUUUCCCCAUAAAUGUUGUCAUAAUUGUUUUAUUUAUUGUAUUGUGUUUUUUGGGCGGGUGGGGUAUCUCUUCUUUUCGGGGGGGUAAAAUUGAUUUUGGUUCUUUUUUUGUUUGUUUUUUUUUUUUUUAGUCUAAAUUUUAGUCCACAUGCAAAGUGAUUUCACAUCCAAGAUACUGUACUCAAAUCCAGAUGUUGGUGUGUGUCCUCCAAUCAGUGGUCUUGUAUGUAUGCAGGUGCACAUGCCAGCCAACAGGUGGAACUCCAGUUUUCCAUUUAACUUCAAUGUGAAGGGAAUGUUACAAGCUUCUGGAUCUUUGGGGUUGUGGUGUUGGAAGGGAGCGCAGAUCACCCUGUGUGUGUGUCUGUGUGUGUCUGUGUGUGUGCGUGCCUGUGUUUGUGUGUGUGUUUGUGCAUGCGUGCCUGCCUGGAGGUAAAGGGGAAAUAAUGAAUCUGUCCACUGACAUGUAUCAUCUCCUGUGUCCGACCGUCUCCUGUUUUCGUUUACCGUGUGUUGUAUGAGUGUAACGGGUUUGACCUGUUAGUACAGUGUGUGUCUGCUCCACAGAUACUUGGUGAGUUUCUUGAGCACAGCUGCAGGGAAUGUAUGUGUGUCUGUAUGUGUGCUGGCAGACCAUGGACAUUAUUCUCUGUACUCCUGACUCUUUCUUAAAUGAAGAGUUGAUUAAAUGUGCUAUUUUAAAGGGGAGGGGGGUUGUUUUUUUCGUUUCUACCUUUUGAUCUGUCACACUUUGUUUUUAAUUUGCUGUGACCCUGCUCUUUUAUCGCCCUUGUCUUGAGGGUAAAACGUCAUUGUUGGGAACAGAACGGUUGGAUAAAGGAGAUGAUGAAGAGAGAGGGAUGGAGGGAGAGAGACAGUUUUUGUUUGUUGGUAUAAAUAAUUAAACUCAUUAAUAAAGUGAUGAAACUGU